AUGCUGGAGCUCGAAGGCAACAAGCAAGCUGCUGUUAGCGAGAAAGUCGACCAGCAAGACCAACAGGAACGGCAGCUCUGUCGUGAUUAUUCUGCUGCCGUCGUUGCUCGAUGGGAUGGCGAUGUUGAUGUUGACGUUGGAAGUCAGCGAGCGACGAGAGUGGACGGGGCCGGCGGUGGAGCGUCACCUGCUCUGCUUCCCAACCACGGCGAGCUGCUCGAACGACCAGCAUCCAACGUCCUCGCCAGCAUCACCUCGACACAUCACCCAGCGCAGUUGCAGCUAUCACCCGGCCAUGCCCUCACGGCCAUCCUCUGCACUUCUGUCUCACCCUGCUAG